AUGGCGACAGAUCAGGUCAUACGAAGGUGUAUUCCAGAGUGGGACAAGGAAGAUGUGUUAAGUCAUUCUCAUUCCUUCUCCCGUGGAGGCCAUUUUGGCCCAAAGAAGACAACAAGGAAGAUCCUGGAUAAAAUAUCUAAUAGAGAGAUUAAGAGCAUACUAGAGAAAACUGUUAAUCCUUCAACGAAGGAUUGGAGCAAGCGAUUGGAUGACUCUCUAUGGGCUUAUCGUACUGCUUACAAGACACCGAUUGGGAUGUCUCCGUAUAGGUUGGUAUUUGGAAAGAUGUGCCACUUACCCGUGGGGAUUGAGCACAAGGCGUACUUGGCAAUGAAAGAGAUCACCAUGAAAGCUGAAGAUUGUGAAGAAGAGAGAAAGCUCCAACAGCAGGAGCUGGAGGAACUGAGGCUGAAGUCGUAUUAUUCCGCUAUGAGGUAUAAGGAGAAAACCAAGAUGUGGCACGACAGGAAUCUGCGGACAAAGGAAUUGCAGGUGGGAUAG